UUUUCUUAUAAUGUAUUUUGAUGUCUCUCUUUUAAAUUUCUUCGGUCUAAGGCUUUCCAAAUCUUGUUUCUCUUUACACUUUCUGCUAUUCGACAUUUACAACCUGCAUUCAAAAAAUUCUACUUGAUCUUCCACGAUUCUUCUGAUUAUUGCAAUUUAUACCGGUUAAUUCAAUCCCGGAAAUUGUCUAGUUUUCCUUUAAGCAGUGACUUCUAUUUGGUGGAAAGUCUACGGUUAUUUGAUACACACAAUUACUUGAGCCGUCAUCAUUCUCCUUUCGAUUAUUUGUAGUUUUUUCUGAAUGGUCAAAAAGUUCAAGGAAAGGUCAAAAUUUAUUUUAUUUUUAUUUUAUUAUUUACUAACCCAAAUUCUACCGCUGAUCAGAAGAAAUCUGAACUAAAUCUCGAAAGUUUCAGUGUACAAUUUGUAACAAUUUUCUGAUAAUUGUCAGUUGGUGAAUCAGGACCUUAAAAAAUACUUAAAAGAACGAUUGAAUGAUUUAUUGUCAAACACGUUCAUUAAAAUAUUGAGUUUGGAGCAUUCAAGCCUGAAAUUGCAUAUCAUUAAAUUCCUGAAAUGUCCAAUCACAAUACAAACUAAGUUUGGUGAAUAUUUAAAUAUCAACUUCUAUAUUGAUCUGCAAAUUAAUGUAAUAAAUUGUACAUCCGUUAUCGGGUGAUCAGUUUCAUAAACUGAGCAGUACGUGUCAGUCUUUGAACAAACCUGCAACUUGAAAGUUGGUUUCUAUUGAGAGCUGAAAAUUUAAAGAAAGAUGCUUAAUUUGGAGCGAUUUGUUGGAAAAGUGGCCGUCGUCACUGGAGCCUCGUCAGGAAUUGGUGUUGCCAUUGUGGAAACAUUGGUAAAACACGGUAUUGUCGUAGCAGGCAUAGCUAGGCGAGCCCACCGUGUUGUAGCGACUGCAGGGAAGUUAAAAAAUGAGCCUGGAAAGCUCCAUGCUUAUAAAUGCGAUUUAACCGUGGAAGACGAAAUAAUUUCCACCUUUAAGGAAAUAAUCAGUGAUUUGGGCGAUAUUCACAUUUUGGUUAACAAUGCAGGGCUGAUGCUGCACACCGAUUUAAUCAAUGGAGAAACGGCCAAAUGGAAGAAGUGCUUUGAUACGAACGUUUUGGCACUUUGUAUUGCUAGCAGAGAAGCCAUUCAAGAUAUGAAAACGAAGGACACCAAAGGUCAUAUUAUUCAUAUAAACAGCACUGCUGGACAUGAAGUUCUAAACAUGCCCAACUCGAAUGUUUAUGGACCUUCGAAAUAUGCCGUAACCGCUAUAACCAUGACUAUGGUAUACGAUUUGGAACGAGAAAAUUUGCCCAUUAAAGUUACCAGCGUUAGUCCUGGAUAUGUUAAGACGGAAUUUCAAGAAGUCGCAAAUGUUCCAGGUUCGGUUUUGCCGAAACUUGGCUUAAAUGGUGUUGAUGUAGCUGAAGCGGUAAUUUUUGCUUUGUCCACACGUCCUGAAGUCAACGUAACUGAAAUCACCGUUCGGCCAUUGAACGCAUGAAAGGACAUUAGAGGAUUUUUGCUGGAAAUUUGCCCAGAAAUGAAAAUAGUUUACGCCCAUAACCAGAAAUGGCCUGCACUGUCUAGCAAUAUAUGAUAUACCUAUGUUUUGUUGGCCUGUAUGUUAUUUAUUUGUAUUGUAAUUAAUCCAUGUUGUAGAAUGUAAGUCUCUAUGAGCACGACAAUAACUGAAGAAAUAAUAAAAUACCCUUUCGCAUGAAAAUCUUAGCGUUUAAUAAUAAGAUGAAAGAAUUAUA